AUGUCGACCGCAGGGCGGACCUACAAUGACGCCAUUGACGCGCUCAACACCCUUCAGACGCCGCACGACAUUAUUGAGCAGCGUCGGAAGGCGGGAAUCCGGCCAGAUGCCUCUUCCAUCAAGGAGAUGAAGGUCUAUUUGGACCGCAUUGGCUAUAAACUCUCGGAUCUGACCCGACUCAAUAUCGUCCAUGUGGCCGGCACAAAGGGCAAAGGCAGCACAUGUGCAUUUGUCGACGCCAUACUGGGCGAACAUCGCCGCAUGCAUGGCUCACCACGAAAGACGGGGCUUUUCAUUUCACCUCAUCUCAUCGCAGUUCGGGAGCGCAUCCGGAUCAAUUCCGAGCCCAUCUCGGAGGAGCUAUUCGCCAAGUACUUCUUCGACGUGUGGGAUCGUCUUGAGAAGUCCCCCGGAGCCGUAGAUGAGGCAGUUCCACAGGGGUCUAAGCCUAUUUAUGCACGGUACCUGACGCUGAUGAGCUGGCAUGUGUUCCUGCAAGAAGGUAUCGAUGUUGCUGUGUACGAGACAGGCAUCGGCGGCGAGUUUGACGCAACGAAUAUCGUCGAGAAUCCAGUGGCAUCUGGGAUUACGAGCCUAGGCAUCGAUCAUGUUUUCGCGCUGGGUGAUACCGUGGACAAGAUUGCGUGGCACAAGGCUGGAAUCAUGAAGCAUGGCUCGCCGGCGUUCACGAUCCAUCAGAGCGAAGACGCAGCAGUUGUGCUCACUAACCGGGCGCUUGAGAAGAGCGUCGACCUCAAGGUUUUGAAAGUUGAUCCUCGACUCCAGGGCGUCAGAGUCCGACCAGAUGCUCUGUUUCAAAAGAAGAAUGCGACCCUCGGCAUCGCCCUGGCCGAGACGGUACUUCGCAAGCUUGGCAGUAGCGACGUCGACGGCACGUCUUUAGCAAAGACCUUUAUCGACGGACUUGAGGGCGUCAUCUUCCGAGGCCGGUGUGAGGUCAAGGAGGAGGAGAGGGUCAUAUGGCACGUCGAUGGUGCUCAUACGGCAGACAGUCUCAAGGUGGCAGCGAAAUGGUUCACAGAGGAGGUGGAUGGACGUACGGGCCCUCGCGCUUUGAUCUUCAACCAGCAGGGACGCACAGAGGCUGUCGACUUUCUAGAGUCGAUUCACAGCGCAGCAAAGCGCGAGGGCAAACCAACCUUUGACCUGGUCCUUUUCUGCACCAAUGUCACGUAUAUCAAGACGGGCUACAAGCGUGACUUUGUGAAUCACCAGGCUGAUGCUCGCGAGGUGCACGACAUGGUCGUCCAGCAUCGCUUUGAGGAGAAAUGGACGGCUAUGGAGCCCACAGCGAAGGUACGGGUCGUGCCAACCAUUGAAGAGGCGAUCGAGCAGGUUCGAGCGCAGGGGUCAGGUUUGGAUCAAAAUGUCAAGGUAGACGCCUUGGUCACGGGAAGUCUGCACCUCGUUGGAGGCGCUUUGGGUAUGUUGGAACAAGCAGAUGCCCUAUAG